AUGAUGAAGAUUAUGUCACCUGAAUACGAUGACAUUGACUCCUAUUUUGCAAUGGAUGCUCAUCAUAUGGGUCGGUUAUUCUUCACUCUCUCCACCUGUCUAACUCUCGCUGGUCUUUAUUUUGCUGCUCAUCCACAUUUUCUUGAAGAGUCGUGGAAUUCCAACAGAACUUAUUGGGUCAUGGAAAACUAUAAGACUUUUCCAAACGGAACAGAUUAUUAUACUGUACUAGAGAAUGAUGGAACUUACAGUACUGGACAUCUUGGCCCUUGGUUUAGACGCCUUCUGAAUGGAGAAUGGAGAUAUGAUUACGGUAACUCGUUCUAUAACUUCUGUAGGCCCCGAAAUCCGCCAAGACGCGAGUGGAUGACAUCCAUUUUACGGUCAAUGAAUCACCUUGUUAUAGUACAGGUCUUCUUCAGAAGUGCCGUUCUUCUUACCAUGACACACUCUUUAUUUCAAUGUAUGCUAAUAAAUUUUGUCUCAAAAGCCAAUCAUUCGGCGAAAUUGGAUCGAAUAAUUGGUUUUCCACUUGUUACGGUGGAAUUUGUCCAUAACAUGUGUUUGUUUGUUGUCAGUUGUUUACAGUAUGAGCAAGACAAACAUCUAAUUCAACUAUCUCGUAUUGCCCUUAUUCUCUUGACAAUAUCUACUGUUCUGAAACUGAUAUUUGUUGCAAUAAUUCAAACGAAUCAACUUCUACAAGUUAUCUGUGUUCUUAUAGCUUCAGCUGUUAUUCUAUCACAUAAUACAGCUCUUGAAGACUUUGAUAAUUUCUUGAUCGAUACUCAUUGUGAUUCCAUGACAUUUCCGUCGGUUGCAAUUGCUCAAUUAAUUUAUUUUCUUGCAUUCUUUACAACCGGAUAUCUUCAAUACCAAUGUCUUUCUGGAAUUCGAGUUGUUACUUGUUCAACUCAAGAAGAAAUCGAACAUAGGAAACGAUUUUGUGAGGAACCAAUCGAUCUCAUUUCUAAUUAA